CUGCUUUACGGUAAACGGGGCAGAGAGCGUUCGAGAAAAUAUCCACAACAGGACAAUAUUUGUUGUUUUGUGCAUUUUAAGGAACCGAAGAUGAUCGAGGUGGUCUGCAACGAUCGUCUGGGCAAGAAAGUCCGGGUCAAGUGCAACUCUGAGGAUACCAUUGGAGAUCUGAAGAAGCUCAUUGCCGCCCAGACAGGAACGCGGCACGACAAGAUUGUAUUAAAGAAAUGGUACACCAUAUUCAAGGACCAUGUGUCUCUGGGUGACUAUGAAAUCCAUGAUGGGAUGAACUUGGAGCUGUACUACCAGUAGACCAGAGAAGGACCACAGGACAAUGCAACACAAACAACACUCAUCCUUGUUACACACACACACACACACACACACACACACACACACACACACACACACACACAGAAUAGAUGGAAUCUUUUGAAGGAAACCGAGAUGAGACAAACCAACUGAAAGAGAGAGGAAUGGUCGCAUACAUUACAUAUAGAUUUCAGUUGUAGCUUUUAAUUUUUGCCCACAAAUUAUUAUGUGAAAAACAUGUUGUUCUACAAAUAUUUUUGUUUUGAUAUUUUGAAAAUAAAGCUGAUAUUUACCUACC